AUGAAGAUGACCACAGGAGGGGAUCAGAUGCAAGGGCCGAACGGUAGAGAAGAGAAGAUUUUUGUUUCUGUUCGUCUGAGGCCAUUGAAUGUGAAAGAAAGGGUAAGGAAUGAUGUGGCAGAUUGGGAGUGUAUCAAUGAUGAAACGGUCUUAUACAGGAGCCAUCUUUCCAUUUCCGAGCGUUCCAUGUACCCCACUGCGUACACUUUUGACAGAGUGUUUGGCCCUGAGUGUAGUACGAGGGAGGUGUAUGAUCAAGGAGCAAAAGAAGUGACUCUCUCUGUUGUUAGUGGGGUUCAUGCUAGUGUCUUUGCAUAUGGACAAACAAGCAGUGGAAAGACAUACACUAUGAGUGGAAUUACUGAUUACGCCUUGGCCGAUAUAUAUGAUUAUAUUGAGAAGCACAAGGAAAGAGAAUUCGUUCUGAAAUUCUCAGCCAUGGAGAUAUAUAAUGAGUCUGUAAGAGACCUCUUGAGUACAGACAUUAGUCCACUCAGAGUUCUAGAUGAUCCUGAGAAAGGGACAGUUGUUGAGAAACUCACAGAGGAAACUCUGCGGGGCUGGAAUCAUUUUAAGGAACUUUUAUCAAUUUGUAUAGCUCAACGACAUAUUGGAGAGACAGCUUUAAAUGAAGUUAGUUCCCGCUCUCAUCAGAUUCUGAGAUUGACAGUUGAAAGCACAGCACGUGAAUAUUUGGCGAAUGGUGGUAAAUUUAGUACACUUACAGCGACAGUGAAUUUCAUUGAUCUUGCUGGAAGUGAACGUGCAUCUCAAUCAUUAUCAGCUGGCACAAGGUUGAAAGAAGGUGGUCAUAUAAACCGAAGCUUACUAACACUAGGAACUGUCAUUCGAAAGCUAAGUAAAGGAAAAACUGGGCACAUUCCAUUCAGAGAUUCAAAGCUGACACGCAUACUUCAGUCUUCCCUGGGAGGAAACGCCAGAACUGCUAUGAUCUGCACCAUGAGUCCUGCAAGAGUCCACGUUGAACAAUCAAGAAACACAUUGUUAUUCGCAAGCUGUGCAAAGGAGGUGACAACAAAUGCACAAGUCAACGUUGUCAUGUCUGAUAAAGUUCUGGUUAAACAUUUACAGAGGGAGUUGGCUAAACUGGAGAGUGAGUUGAGAAGCCCUCGUCAAGCUCUUGUUGUUUCUGACACAAGUGCAUUACUGAAGGAGAAGGACCUCCAAAUAGAAAAGCUAAAUGAAGAGGUAUUCCAACUAGCACAACAACUGGAGCGGGCUCAUUCUCGGAUUGAGGAUCUCCAACAAAUUAUUGGAGAAUCAUCAAAAACAGAGAUAUUAUCAUCAGACUCAGAAAAGACAUAUGUGGUUCUGGGACAUCAGUACCCCAAGCUGCGGGUGCGCAGUUCAUGGGAAUCUCUAAACAUAACACCAGAUAGCCCUGUAUCAGCUCAACCGUCUUGUAUGAUUUCCCCACAAUCAACCGAGCACGGUUCUGACGAGAAUGUCUUCCAGCUUUCAGACUUUAGGAUAGAUUCUGGUGCAGGUAGUCCAGGCCAACACCUUUCGUUUGUAACUCCUGGGAAAUUCACGAAAGUUCGACUUAAUAUUCGUGGGGCGGAAAAUAAAAACCAGCCGCACAUUCACAAGGAGGAAUCUGUAGAACAGUCUCCUGUUCAGGAGGAACGAUUUCCUGAAAUGCGAGAGCCGAGUGAGGUGGAUUCUGAAGAUACUUUCACGGAACUUCGAUGCAUAGGAACAGAGAGUCCCGGUAUCAUCAUGUAUCCAGAGCCAAACAUGCUUCCAGGGCGGUUCGUGGCUGUGAGUGCGUUACCAGUAUCUGUACCAGAUUCAAAGAACAUAAGACCACCAACAGAAACUGGAGAAGAAGAAGAAGGAGUUAAAGAAGCCAGUGUGGUCUUUAUCCAACCAAAGGAAAAAAGUGAACCCAUCAAAGCCUCUCCACGCCGUGAUUUGUCACUAACUGACAAAUCAUUUACUCAAAAGUCUUCUAAGCUCAGAAGAGACCAUACACAUCCAGAUUCUGUCACUCUGUCUCCUGAAAAGCCUUAUGCUUGGCAUCUUGAGAGAGAUUCUCAAACGGUAGGGAGCAAGGGACAUACUAGAAGCCGAAGCUGCGGAACAAGCUUUGUAUCGACCUCUUCCUCUCCUUUGUAUGAGUAUGAGAGAGAUGCUAACACACCACGAAGCUGGUAUCACAAAGAAAGAUCUGAGAGCAACCUGAAGCCGUCUAGCAUCAAGAGGCCACCAUUACCAAAGCAUUUUAGCCGGAUGAGCAUGCCAGCAACUUGGUUCGAGAAAGACUUCAACCGCACCCAAAGAACUCCAGCUGCUUUAGAUCGUGUUAAUACGAGAAAUUCAUCGCCGAGUGAAUCACAGGUGUCUCCCUCUGAAGCUCCUGUGUAUGAGCGUCAGACAAGUGGUAGAGCUUCCAUCAGCCAAGAGGAAGGUGAAGAGACUGCUCCACAAAGGGACAAGCGAAUCAUUCAUUUAUCGAUGGAGGAAAUAGAACAAAAGUUCUUGGCUCUAAGAUCAACAAAGAGCUUCAAGGACGCUGCAGUAGACCCCAUACAAGACUAUUUAACCAUGCCAUUGAACUGGCCGGUGGAGUUCAAGAGACUCGAAGUUGAGAUAAUAGAGCUAUGGCAUGCUUGCAACGUUUCAAUGGCACACAGAAGUUACUUCUUCCUUCUCUUCAGAGGAGAUCAGAAAGAUUGCUUGUACAUGGAGGUAGAACUCCGUAGGCUCAAGUACAUCAGAGAAACCUUUACCCAUAAUAACAGAGCUAUUGAAAAUGGACGCACUCUAACAACAAUGUCCAGCCUGAGGGCGUUGAACAGGGAGAGGUACAAGUUGAGUCAGCUGAUGCAGAAGAAGCUAACGAAAGAAGAGAGAGAGAACUUGUUCUUGAGAUGGGGCAUUGGGCUGAACACAAAGCACAGGCGGCUCCAGCUGGCGCAUCGCCUCUGGUCAGAGAGCAAAGACAUGGAUCAUGUCCGAGAGAGCGCCUCUGUUGUCGGAAAGCUCAUGGGGUUCGUGGACAUGGAUUUGGCAUCCAAAGAAAUGUUUGGCCUCAACUUCUCUCUUAAACCCCGUCCCAAGAAAUCUAGCCUGUGGAAACGCAGUGUUUUGUCGCUAUCCAUUUUGUAA